AUGAGGGGGGGGAAAAAAAAAAAAAAAACGGUCCGGUUUUUGUGAAAAACCACAUCAAGUCGGUAAUACCAGAUUUUUGCGGACUCCGCAUACGCGGAACGUACGCGGAGUCCGCUCCGCGUAUGUUCCGCCCGAGUAUGUUUGGGCCUACAGGCUGUACAAUGACAUAUGCGGUCUGGUCGGUCCCAAAGAGAAAAAAAAAAAAAAAAAAAAACCCCGGUCCAAUACGGAGUACCGAACCAAAUUGGUAUUACCGAGAACCAACCCAACCCUACCUGAGUCAGAUCAAUUUCCAUGAUGACUCAAAGCUUUUACCACUCAACACAAUGUACCUGUAGAUGCUGCAAAAAAAAUUCCUCCGGGUUGCCUGCAGAGAAAUGAAGAAACACUUUGAUGAUGUCCUCUUGACCCACACUGCAUGCCUGUCUCCUGCCGCUGCGACUGAUGCCAGAGCUUGAGCAGAGUAUCCCUCCCUGCUUCUACUCAUGAGAGUAUUGCCACGUCUGAUUGAAUUGACAGAUGCUGACUGUCUCCAAGCCAUCGAUGACCAGUGAAGGAGAUUGCCUCUUGUGACCCUUGAUGAAGACACUAAGACAGUGACUGCGGAUGAAUUCUGGCACCAUCUCUCCACUUUGGUGCAAGAAGGGUGUUCAGGGAACUGGGGGAGUUUGCCCUUGAUGCGCUUGUCUUUCCUCAUUCAAAUGCAUCUUGUGAGCGUGUGUUUUCCAAAGUGAAUCUAAUCAAAACAAAACCACGAAACCGACUCAUCACAGACACGCUUAACGGGCUCAUGCACACAUCAGAGUGUGUGAAGAUGGCAGGUGGAUGUGCCAAUAUUAAGCCAACAACCAUGAUGCUGCGCUCCAUGACAACAUCAAAUCUGUACCGUAAAAGGACUGCCCCUGCCCAGCAGGAUGCAGCAGACUCAGACAGUGACUCAGAGCUGGAGCUUGAACUUUAAGGUAAGCAUAGUUAUUUAUUUAAUCAACCUAGCUGAUGGCCUAAACUGUUUCAUGCACAUUAUGAACAGGCUUCUAGUUGUGACAUUUAUCAUGUAAUGUAAUAUCAUUAUCAAACUAAACAAUAGUCUCCUCUCUGCUCUUCUUCUAUUCAUUCAGAAAAUGGCAAAAGACAGAUGUGAUGUGACAUGAAUGGCGCAGACCUGACAGCCCAUGAAGACCGAGACGAUUAGGGCUGCACACCACUAUUCUAAUUUUGUGAAAUGUUCAAUGCAUCCCUAGUUUUUUUUGUCACCAUUACUCUGGGGAGGUUGGGGAUUGGUGAACUGGAAAAACAUGUACCCUUGUUUUAUUUCAUUUAUUAUUGAUUUAUUAUUUUUGACUUUUGCAGAGUUGCCUCUUUUAUAAAAAUGUUACGCAAACAUUUGUAAGUGUCACAGGGAAAUCACGGACUCCAUAACAAACUACAUAAUAACAAAUGAAAAAUUGAGCAACUUUGCUCGGGUUCGGCCCACUUGACACGAAACAUGGUCAAAACCAGAUGAAUACAACACCCUGAAUGAAGCUACACCUCCAGCAUUCUUAUAUAUGCAGAAGCCCCAGCUAUCUGGCCGCGGCGGAGGGGUCGCUGUCAUCUACAGAGACAAUUUCUUUAAUAAGCCUGUUCCCUGUGGGGAAUUCUCCUCCUUCGAAAACUCAACAUUUUGUGUUAAUAAGCACCAGCCGAUUUUAUUCCUUUUAAUUUACCGCCCUCCGAAGCCCAAUGGCACUUUUGUCUCUGAAUUCUCUGACCUGCUCUCUCUGCUUUUACCUAAUUAUGACCGGGUCUGCAUAAUCGGUGACUUCAACAUUCAUGUUUGUUGUCCUGGUGAUGCUCUUGCGGGGGAAUUUCUUAAUCUUUUAGAAUCGUUUAAUUUUGUUUUACAUUCCACAGGGCCCACCCAUGAGAAGGGCCAUAUCUUAGAUCUUGUUAUUUCAUAUGGUCUGAAGAUUGAUAAUGUGGAACUUAACAUCUGUAUAUCCAAUCAUUUUAGUAUUGUUUUAAACUUGUACUCCUCUCCUUCACCUAAAGUCUCACCUGCCCCCACCCGCUCUCGCAUCAUUAACUCAACAGCAGCUAAAUUUUCACAUGCUUUUUCGUGCCUCUCUUCCAAACUACCUCUCUUGCAUGAUACCAACCUCCUGGUGAAUUCCUUCAAUGACCUCUGCCUGAAUACAAUGGACUCAGUAGCCCCAGUCAAAACCAGAACCAAAAUCACUUCCUCAGUCUCUCCAUGGUUUAAUAACCAUACCCGCUCCUUAAAAAGAGAGGUACGCAAAAUAGAGGGUAAAUGGAAGUCCUGCAAACUUCAAGUUCACUAUGAGCAUUUGAAAAGCCUAAUGAAUAAUUACAAUGCUGCAUUAAAGAUGCACAAGCAACUUUUUUCUCCAACUUGAUCUCCCAGAAUGCUCAAAACUCUAAAGUGCUGUUUCAAACACUCGACCGAAUUGUUUGCGCCCCCACCAAUAUAAAUUUACAUGCAUCACCUAAACUCAUUUUUCACUGAAAAAAUUGAAAACAUUAGGCCCGUUUCCACUGCAGGAACUUUGGGGUAAUUUUACGGGGCCGGGGCCAUUGCUGCGUGUCUCCACCGCAGGAACCACCCCCAAAGGACAGAGUUCCGGAACUUUUACAGGGGCUAAACAAGUCCCUGCCUGGGAGUAGGUACUCAGAACGGCCCCGAAAAACUCCUGGCUGGGGCCUGGGGGUUACUUGGUGCUGAUUGGAUAUACUCAAGGGGGGAUGUGAUGUCAACAGAAAGCAACAAAAUAGCUGGCAUUUUUAAAACUCAGCAGACGAGAGUUAGCUUGUUCAUAGCUUCCACCACCAUAUAAACAAACUCAAUAACCGGUCUGUGAAAAAAAUAUUUUUUCCAGCGGAUAUCUUAGUUACAACAUGAUUGAGCAAGCAAAGCAGUUUUGUGUUGCUAAGUGUGGUAUUUAUUCAGUUUUGGGAAAUCACGAUGUCUAGAAAGGGACAGGGACAGCUAACAGCAGCAGCAAAGCUAACAUCAGGACGUCAUCUGUUAAAAGCCUCCCGUUGUUGGAUACAACAUGAAACUAUUCCAGUUAGCUCAAUCAUGUUGUAACUAAGACGUCCGCUGGAAAAAAUAUUUUUUUCAUGGACCGUGACCGGAGUUAUUACAGACACCGCUAACGGCUAACGGCGUCCCUACGCCCCUACAUUGCCCUGGUCAAAAUGGUCGUGCAGCAAUUACGUCACAUACAGAGCGAGCCCGGUAACUUAACAAGAACCUUCCUCCUACUCCGCUCUCUCAGUGGAGACACGGCGGUUGAGAGGGCCGAGCGAGAGGAUGUUCCUGUAGUAGUUCCUGCCCCCCAAAUACUACCAGGAACUUCUUCAGUGGAAACAGGCCUAUUAGAUCUCACACCAUCAGCAGUCGACCAAACAAUUCACUUGUCCCGGAACCGCCAACUCACCAAUCCUACUCUAUGUCAGUCCUGCUCGUUUAGUUCAGUGUCACUAACUAGGGAUGUCCCGAUCCAAUAUUCAGAUUGCGUGGAAAAAUGCAGAUCCAAGAACUCCUAUCCAGUUUUUCACGGAGUCCGAUUCAGGUUUUCCAACCAGCCCAGCGCUCCGCGAGUAAAGCAGUCCAUUCCAGUGAUCCGCUCCAGCUCUUACUAUCAAUCCACCAGGCCAGCAUGCAGACGGCAGACACGCACGGAGGAUUCUUUACAGGUGAAGAAACUGCCAGGGGUGCGAAGGCUCUCCUGACACGACAGCUUGAGAAGAUGGAGGAAGCACUGCUCAGGGCAUCAGCUGAUGACUCAGGGGCAAUGGAGGCAGAGCCAGCAGAAAAGGUCGCUCGCAUGGAAGCUGGUCCAAGCACUGGUUCUCCUCCAAGCACAAGUAAGAGUAGCUUCAGCAGUCUGUAUAACAGAAUUCUGGAGGAGCAUGAUGAACCUGCUACAGGGGGUACCCAGGUAGUGGUUACCCAAAUGCAAAUGUAUUUGAGAGAACCAACGAUGGGUGAGAAAGACAGUCCUUUCCAGUACUGGGCAAACAACCAUGCUGGCUUUCCUCUCCUUGCUGCUGUUGCGGUAAAGUUCCUGAGUGCCCCUUCAACUAGUGUGGAGAGUGAAAGACUGUUUAGCACGGUAUCCAAUAUCGUGGAUGCAAAGAGGAAUCGUCUGACAGCAGAGAGAGCAGAAGUGCUCAUAUUCCUCAAAAAGAACCUGCCAAUGUUUAAGUGAGAUUUGUGAAACACUAGAUCACUCCCUCAGUGUUAACUUUUUGGAGUGUCAUUUACUUGUUAUUGUUUUCUUUUGAAGAAUAGUUACACAGACUCUGGUGUUAAGCUUAGUCCAGGUCACCAUUCAGUGCCAUACCUCAUACUGUACUUGAUUUGUGCUGUUCAGAUGCACAUUGCUUUAUUGAUAAUGUGUGUGUAAGAUGUUUACACUUAUUGCACUUUUAUUUUAUUUCAGAUAUUUGACAUUUGAAAAGAAAACCUUGAUUUGUUGAUGCUACAAGAGCCAGUGUACUUAAUUUGUGAUCAGAUGAAGCAGCCCUUUGUUUGUAUUUUAUCUGGAGAGGGGCAGUGUAGAGUUUACACUUUAUUUCAUAUUUGACACUUGAAAACUGUGUUGCUACAUAGUAGUGUCUACGUAUCUGUGCUGUUCAGAUAAGACAGGUAUUUUUGUUUUUUGACAGUGUUAAACAGAAAUACUAGUGCAAUAUACACUGUCUUGGAAUUAAUAAAUAUUGACAAUCAAUUUGAAACCCUUACAGUUGCAUAUUUGUUUUCAGGAUGGGAUUUUUCCUGUUCCUGAUUUCCUGCUUUUCUGACAAUCACUCAGACAAUUCAGCAAGCACUGU